AUGCCAACGGAUGACGACGACGCCAACGGACGACGACGACGACGACGCCUCCAAUGGACGACGACGCCAACGGACGACGUCAACGAUGCCAAUGGACGGCCACGUCAACGACGACGAGCGCGUCCUGCUCCACCACGUACACACGGCGACGAGUGUUCCUCCUCCCCCUUUUCUUUCCCUCCUCCCUUCCUGCUUUCCUUUUCCCUUCCCCUGUCCCUCCAUGUACCCCUUUCCUCUCUCCUCCCUCUUUCCCUCCUCAUUUCUCUGUCCCUGCUCCCUUCCCCCUUCCUUUUCCCUGUCCCUACUCCCUUCCCCCUUCCUUUUCCCUGUCCCUACUCCCUUCCCCCUUCCUUUUCCCUGUCCCUACUCCCUUCCCCCUUCCUUUUCCCUAUCCCUACUCCCUUCCCCCUUCCUUUUCCCUAUCCCUACUCCCUUCCCCCUUCCUUUUCCCUGUCCCUACUCCCUUCCCCCUUCCUUUUCCCUGUCCCUACUCCCUUUUCCCUUCCCCAUCCCUGCCCAUCCCUUCCUUCCUCCACCCCCAUUUAUUUCUGCCCCCCUCCUCCCCCCCUUCUUUCAACUUAG